CUCAUCUCUCGGUUCGCUGUUUACCGGGGACGCAACAAGCUGUUGUGUCACAGCUAAAGGGUUCCGGAGUUAAAGACAGGACCUUUGCUAUUUAACAAAUAUAUAAUAUAAAAAUAAUGUAUGUUAUGUUAUGUUAGUUUGGCUAACAUACUCGUAAUGGUCGCGUCCACAUGGUAGCUUUAAGCUAGCGUUAAGUCUCCUGUCUUCAUUCUGUGUCCAUUUGGGGAACGUUAGCUGACGUAAACACUGAAGGCUCGCUGUCAGCUCUCAGGGUUUCCUCACUGGAUUCCUCACUGGUUUCCUCACUGGUUUCCUGACUGGUUUCCUCACUGGUUUCCUGUUCGGCUCACCGGGACGCUGGUUAGCUGACGAUUUGACAACACAGCACCCGUACGCCACUCGCAGGGUAACGUUACACAAAGAAAGCAUCGAUGACGUCAUAUGCAACACAACUGUCACUCGAUGCAGUGCCACAAAUAGGGCUGGCUGUCGUGACUCGGGACUACUGUGCCAUUAAAGUAGCCACUUUUCUCUUUUACAAAUGAUUAUUGUGACAAAAGUUCCCAGGGUGUAAGCAGGUGCUCCCCAUGCAGGGUGACAGCUGAGCAGGAUGUCGGACAGUGGGAACCAGUCCUGUCUGAUGGGAGCAGAGGACACGUUCUCCUUCCUGGUGUGUGUGUUCCAUGCGUGGGAGGAGUGGGCCGGCCUUGGUCAGCUGCAGGACUACCUGAGUGUUUUGGAGUACUUGCUGUGGGUCUUCACCCCCCUGGCUGUCGUCUUCAUCCUGCCCUUCAUCAUUGUCAUCCUGAUUUACCUCUCCAUACUCUUCCUUCACGUCUACAAGAGGAAGAAUCAGCUGAGGGAAGCUUACUGCAACAACCUGUGGGACGGAGCCAGGAAGACCCUGGCUACACUGUGGGAUGGACAUGGAGCCAUAUGGCAUGGCUACGAGAUCCAUGGCAUGGAGAAGAUCCCUGACAAAGGAGCAGCACUGAUAGUUUACUACCACGGAGCCAUCCCCAUCGACUACUAUUACUUUCUAGCCAACGUCAUCAUCCAGAAGGGACGGCCCUGCCACUCGGUGGCUGACCACUUACUCUUCAAGAUCCCAGGGUUCAAGUUGCUGCUGGAGGUGUUCAGUGUGAUCCACGGGCCUCAGGAGGAGUGCGUGCGGGCUCUGAGGAGCGGCCACCUGUUGGGGAUUUCUCCAGGUGGAGUGCGGGAGGCUCUGUUCAGUGAUGAGACCUACCCUCUUGUCUGGGGAAAACGCACAGGCUUCGCCCAGGUCGCCAUCGACUCGCAAGUGCCGGUUAUUCCAAUGUUUACUCAAAAUGUGCGUGAAGGCUUCAGAUCGCUGGGAACACUCAGAUUUUUCCGAUGGCUGUAUGAGAGGUUUCGCCUCCCCAUUGCUCCGGUUUAUGGUGGAUUUCCUGUGAAGUUCAGGACCUUCCUGGGUGACCCCAUCCCAUACGACUCCAACGUAAAUGCUGCAGAGCUUGCAGAGAAAGUGCAGCAGGCUGUUCAGGCUCUGAUAGACCAGCACCAGAGGAUCCCGGGGAACAUCCUGAGAGCCUUGUUGGAGAGAUUUCACAGCAAACACAAAGAGGGUUAACGUCAGCAGAGGAGAGGCCUGUGUGGGACCAGGGCGCCGCGUCACGGGGCUCAGCCUCAGGUUUGAUGGCCCAACACGUUUCCUGCUUCCAGACGAACCAGAAGUCCACGGACCCAUUUCGUUUCUGAUGCUUUUUGACAGACUACAUAACAGACCUCCUGAAAUGACAAUAUUGGACUUGACAUGAAUUACACCUCAGAGAGGAGGAAAGAAAGGAUGCUUCACAAUAUCAUUCCUCGUGUUGUGAUGUCUCAAUGAAUCACUGUCAGAUAGACGAGGGACCUUCGGACUGGUCUGUGAGCUGUGAGCUUGUGGUUCUGGUUGUUUUAGAUGUUUGUAAAUAAAUGUGAUUUAGGCCAUUUCUUAUAUAAGAUAUACGUUUGAGUCCGCUAAGGUUCUUAAUCUGGGUCAGCCAAGACAUUUAGUGUGGCUGUGCAGGCAGGGAUACACGUUGGUUACACACCAAACUGCUCCUCACUAAUGUUGGAUCCUGUGUUUAGAUGUAAACAUGUGACCUACAACGUACAGUUUAAUGAACCCCAACCCGACGAGGAAAACAACCUCUGGUCCAACCCACACGUAACGCGCAGUAAAACCCAGCUUUGCAUUGAAGUCCACAGGUCGAGUAGACCGCACCACCAGUGGUUCUGGUUGGUCCACUAGGCGAAAGUAUAAACCAGAUACUGACCGAAGGUCUCAGCCGUAUGAUGCAGGUUUAUAAACAGUAAUGACUCAGUAUUGUAGUCAAACUCCUGGAAUUUGGAAAGGGCAAUAAACUGGUGUAUAAUUAUGAGGAAAGUUUCACUUAAGAAUUCAUCCUUGUGCGACAGGAUGUGACAUCACAGGGUGGCCCUUAGUAUUCAGGCCCCCAAAAUGUUAAAAUGAACUAAAACAAUCACAAAGUGCUCGUGGACUGGAUUAGGGAAGAGAUUGAGAUCAUGAACUCAAGCCCCUGGUGGUCACUACAGAGAAUGCAGUUUCACGAUACUUUCUCAUUGGCCAAGGAUGCCAUCUGGUUUAUUUAUGACUUCAAAAUGUAAUCUUUUUAACUUAAAGUAACUUAAAAUAUGUUCUGUGUGUAAGAAUGCACGGUUCUAAUGAGAACAGAGGGAAGUGGUGACCUUCAGUCUCUUGAUAUGAAUAUUCCCCCCCCAAAAAUGAUGACAGAUAAGUAACAUAUAAUAAUGAUUUAUUUCAACUGUUCUGAAGUCUUGAACAUAGAAAAUCGUUUUGAUCAGACUUUUAUGCUUCUCACUUACAUCUCAGGGGUUUGAGAUUUUGUUCUUUUUUGCACAAAUAUUUGUUCAUAUUUUCAAUAGAAUUUGUCUAGAAAAUGAACCAAAUGAUACAAAUAUAGAAAGCUCGUAGUAUGAUUAUUUGUUAUUUCAUUGUCACUGAACGCUGAGGUCCUGAUGUGUCCAGACUCCAAUCUCUGAUAUCUUUUGGAUUUUGAAUGAUUGCACAAAAUAAAAACAGCCAAGAGGGAUUCUGUUGAAGUAGAAACAUUAAAAUAUCCUGAGCUGAGUGUUAACCUCAGUCCUUAUUUCUAUAUGCAGACUUAUUUCUGUAACACUUUAUUGUGAUGCUUGUUUUGGAUGAGAGAUGAAAUAUCUCCUAUUUUCUGAGAGCGUUGAUAUCUGGGAGUGAUUCGAUGGGCGUUUGCAGGGGCUGUGACCACUUGUUCCUUUUCAUAUUGAUCAUAUGCAUUUUAAAUGUACUCCAAAUAAAAUACAAUAAGGAUCAACAUAAUCAAUGAUUGAUCAAGAUCUCCUGCCAGGCAGUCCCAGCAGCUCAGAGAUGCGCGUAAACCAAUGUGAAGAAUGUGAAUGUUCACUUCCAACAUGAACAAACACUCAGUUCAUUUAGGACCAAUCGGAUUCGCCUCCCUUUUUUCCUUCCUUCCGUGAGAACAAUCACGCACUGAGCCUGCCGUAAAGAUGUUAGUGAAUAACUACAUUUGAACAUCUUCAGCAGCAUUUCAGCACUGAAACGAUUCAGAAAGCUCCCUUUGAACAGAAGUGAUGAUCUGCGAUCUGUGUUCCCACGUUCAGAAAGUACCUCCUCACUGCAAUACCGCUCAUUUCUGUACAAGCAAUAUAUGGAUCCCUUUAUUGUGUAAACACAAACAGUGUCCCUGUCAGCUGAUUCUGGGCGUCAUCUUCUAGAAGCCUUGGGAGCAGGUGGGCUUCUGAUGGAGGUCUCCUUCCAGAACCGGUUGACUCGUCCCAUGUUUGUGUUGUUUGAUCUAACUUGUGAUAAAUGAUCAUGAAUGACUUUUAAAUAUGACUCUGUUAAUAAAUCUAUUUUAUU